AUCAGAUCAGUCUCUCCUCUGAGGAGAGAAAAGGAAACUUGAACCUGCAUAGAAGAUAAAAGAAACUAAAUCUGUGCGAACGCUGUUGUUUCUUGGAGAUGGAUACGUUAAACAAUCGCGUUGAAGAUUGUGGAGAGGGAGCGAAAGGAGAGAGCAGCGAAGAGGUAGAUGGACCUCCUGCAGACGAUUGUUGCCCUAUUUGCUUUGGAGAUUUCACUAUUCCUUGUAAAGCAAAUUGCGGUCACUGGUACUGCGGCAGUUGCAUUUUGCAGUUCUGGAAUUAUUCUUCAGCAUCUAGGCCAUGCAAGUGUCCCAUGUGCUCCCGCUACAUCAGGAGGUUGACACCAGAGGCAUCGCUAUGCCACCGGCAGGAACGUGAGAUCACUGAGGUUCUGAAAAAUGUUCUGAGGUACAACCGCCUUUUUGUUGGAGGGACACGUGGCCUUUUACAGAAAGUAUGUGAGCUGCCACUUUUCAUUAAGAGAAUUUUUCUAGAGAUGAUGGAUCCUGAUAGGGAAGAUUAUCUGCAUGAAAUGCGCCUUUUUGCAAUGUUCCUGAGUGUCCUCUAUGCAGCCACUCCGUUGAACUUCAUUCCAACAGGGAAUUUUGGAAUUGUAAGAGUAUUUGAUUACGCUGCUAUUGCUCUAGUGGUUAUCCUACGUUUGAUUGGCAUUUAUCGUAGACGACGAUUAAACCAGCCAUCGAUUGGCAUGGGCCCCACCAAUACCGGCCGUGCGAUCUCGCAGGAAGCGUUCGAUGAAGUUGUGAAGGAGAACAUGGAGGAUCUAGGAAUGGAGCCCGCCGAGGCCCUCCAAGACGCCAUUCAGACUCUCACUCUUCAAGGCGUUGAUCUCUCUGGGAUUGUAAAGUGCGUUCCAGGAGAGAGUAGUGUGAAAGACAAUCCCGUAGUACAGUCAUUAGAGAGAUUGAAGCAAUUGGAUAUAAAUUCGAAGGAUCGAAUCACCGAUGAAGAUUUAAAUGAGAUGAGGGAGUUGUUUGAUAAGCUACUAGAGUUGUGCGGGUGUAACAAUGAAGUAUCAGGAAAUGUUCCAAUUGCUACUAGAAAUGGUGCUGUGGAGUUGGUUUGUGCCAUUUGUUCCAAGAUUCCCGCUGGGUCGAAACGAGUUCUCUUAUCGUGUUUGAAAAUUAUGGCAUUGUUUAUUCAUGAUCUUCAAAGUACAGAAACAUUUCGGGUAAAUGGUGGACCAAAAAUGGUGGUUGAUAUCCUAAAACAUGGCAGCGAAGAUUCAGAUAUUUUGAAUAGUUGUUUUGCCGUUAUUACCGGAUCUGCAACCGGUAAUGAGGUGGUCAAAGAAUCAUUUAUGGAAUUGAAAAUUGAUGAGCUUAUCUUGGAAGUAUUGAGUAGACAGAGAAAUGACAGAAUUCAAAAUUUAUAUUAUGCAAUGCGUGUUCUGUUGACUGCUGAUGAUGAUCGUGUUGUGGCUUCCCAAGUUUAUGGUUAUGCCAGAAGAUUUGCAAAGAUUGGAAUUGCAAAAGCUCUUACACUUUCACUAGCUGAAGGGCUUGCCUCACCUAAUGUUGUUGCUACUAGCUCUGUGAUGAAGGCCAUUGCUGUCAAUGAUGAAAUAUGCACAUCCUUUGCAGAAUGUGGUGGUAUCGAUGCACUUCUCCGAUGUAUUGAUGAGUGGCGAACAAGCAACAAAGCUGUAGCUAGAACUUGCUGUCUUUUGUUCCACGUUGGCAGGAAUGACUCGAAUAAGAGUUCUAUUAUUGAGAAGGGCGGAAUGGAUAUGCUAAUCAAACUCCACAAGAUUUUCUGUGAUCCUUCUGUUCUGCAAGAGGUAAGCCUCCAGCAAGUCUUGUACAAUGAAUGUUAUUUCUAUUAUUACUGUACUGUCCUGAGAUCUCCGGACAACGUAACUCGUGCCAUGGAAGCUGGAGCAGGAGACCUUGCUAUCCAAGUCAUGCAAAAGUUUCCCAAGGCACAGCAACUGCAAAAAAACUCCUGUUUCAUGAUCCGCAAUCUUGUAGCAAGAAACCCAAAACAGAACCCUUCUGCUCAAUAA